AUGCGACACGCACUCGCGGCACUCGCGCUGCUCCGCAUGGCGGCGCCGCUCGCGCCGUCGCGGACGCCGCACAGCGGCUACCACGGCCAGGGGUCGUCGACGCCCUUCUUCGAGGGCUGGUACAACCGGCUCACGCUGCCGGAGGCGGAGACGUCCGUCGCGCUCAUCUUCGCGGUCUUCGACCCGGGCGCGCGCACGCCGCGGUCCGGCGUCGAGGCGCAGGUGCUCGUCGCGCGGCCCGCGGGCGGCGCGCGGCGCGUCGCGGCGUCGCGCGACGUGUCGCGCUUCGCGGCGGCGCCGCACGCGCUCGACGUGCGCGCGACCCUGGCCGGCGGCGACGCCUUCGCGCUGACGUCGACGCGGCAGCGGGGCCGCGUCGACGGCGUCGCCUGGGACUUUUCCGUCGAGCCCGUGCUCGGCCGGCGCCGGCGUCGAGCGACGGGCGCGUGCUGGGGCGGCGCCUUCGCCAACGCGAGCGCGCGGCAGUACUCGACGGCGGGCUGGCUCGCGUCGCUGGGCCCGCUCUUCAGCCCGCACUACCAGGUGCUCAUGAGCCUCGGGCGGGCGACGGGCUUUGUCGAGGUCGACGGCGAACGGCUGAGCUUCGCCCGGGCGCCGUUCUACGCGGAGAAGAACUGGGGCGCGGCGUUUCCGAGCCGGUGGUGGUGGCUCCAGUGCAACGCGUUCGAGGCCUCGCUCGAGGGCUGCUCCGAGCUGACGCUGACGGCGACGGGCGCGACGCGGCAGCUGCUCGCGGGCACGCGCCUCGACCGGAGCGAGGACGUCGCGCUCAUCGGCCUCCACGUCGACGGCGAGUUCCUCCCGUUUCCGGACGUCCGGUGGACCGUCGCGCCCUGGGGCGACUGGCGGGUGUCGGGCGCCUACGAGGGCCUGACCGUGGACAUCGCGGCGACGGCGAGCGACGCGGGCGUGCCCGUGCGCGUGCCGACGGACGCCGGCAUGGCCGACGGCGCGACGGAGACGUACGACGGCCGCCUCUCGGUGGAGCUGCGCCGCGGCGGGGACGUGCUCGUGGCCGCGUCGACGCACCUCGCCUGCUGCGAGACGGGCGGCGACUACGCGUCCGGGGUCUGGGGGCCCGCGGCGAGCGAGAUGGCCGAGCCGCUCCGCACCGUCGCGUUCAACCUCGACCUCGAGCGCGCCGUGUCCGCGGGGCUCGACGCGGCGCAGCGGCGCGGGUGGCUCGAGGUCCCCGGGUUGUAG